CUCCUAAGAGAACUGUUUGGCAAUAUGAGAAAGCCAACUAGGAGGGUCUCAACGCUUUUUUCAAAAACUUUAACUGAUCGCUAUGUUUCCUCAAUAGUGACGUUGAUUCCAGUACAGAUAUGAUCACAAACUUAAUUCUCUCCGGAAUGAGAAAUUUUAUCCCGAAUAGGGCUAAAACAAUCAAACCGAAAGAGAAUUCGUGGUUUGAUUCGAGCUGUAAAGAGGUUAUCAGGGAAAAAGAGGUAAUGUUCCUUUAUUAUAAAGCCAACCCCACUGAGGAAAAUCGGAUAAGAUUUAAGCAAGCUAGAAAGGCCAGCAACGCCCAUAUUCGACGAAUCAAAUUUUUGCAUGUGCAAAAAUUAAGACAAAAAAUACUAAAGUGUCCCACAGGUAGUAAAAAUUUUUGGUCAUUUGUGAAAAAUAUUCGAAACUCUACAACAUCUUCGGUUCCAACGCUCGUUUACAAUGACACUCCUUUUGUUAGUUCUCUUGAGAAAACCAACCAUCUCGUCAGACAAUUCGCUGCCAAUUCAACGUUAACAGAAAGUGUCAUGACUCCCCCUUCAUUUGAGCGAGUAAAUAGUUUUAUGGGACCUAUCUUUUUUCGUACUCGUGCAGUGGCAAGAGUUCUUAAAGACCUUGACAUACACAAAUCCGCUGGCAAAACCACUGCGUAAGCUUUUCCAUCUGUCCUACACUACUGGUCUCGUUCCGAGUGGAUGGAGAACAGCAUUUGUCCAGCCUGUCCCUAAAAAAGGCGAAUCUUCUUCACCCUCUAACUAUCGUCCGAUUGCACUUACGUCCCUUCUUUCCAAGGUCAUGGAAACGCUGCUUAAUUUCCAACUUAAGAAAUCUUGAAGAACGGAAGCUUCUUAAUGACCGGCAAUAUGGCUUUCGUAGCAAUAGAUCCACUGGUGAUUUGAUGGUUUAUCUCACCGAUCAGUGGAACAAAUCUUUACAUCGUUUUGGAGAAAGUAAGAUUGUUGCGCUUGAUAUUUCAAAGGCAUUUGAUAGAGUUUGGCAUCAAGCUCUCUUAUCGAAAAUGCUUGCAUUCGGUAUUGAUGAAUCUCUUCUUCGUUGGAUUAGAAAUUACCUUUCGAACCGUUCAAUCCAAGUUGUUUUGGAUGGUUUCAAGUCUGAAACCCACAAAAUAAACGCUGGUGUGCCCCAGGGCUCCGUUUUGUCUCCGACUCUCCUUCUCAUUUUCAUUAAUGAUUUGCUCUCUGAAACUUCUAAUCCAUUAAAUUGUUUCGCAGUAUAGAUAGUACUCAGCUUUUCAUAUUCGUUUGAAGAUUCACACCCAUGUCCUUCGGAUGUGGAACUCCAACGGCAAAAUAUGAUAAGCUCAUUAAAUUUUGAUCUCGAAUGCAUUGUCCAAUGGGGAAUAAGAAACCGCGUAGAAUUUAAUGCUUCUAAAACAGAAUGCUGCUUACUAUCAUUAAAACGAAACCUUCCCCCUUUGCCACUAUCCAUGGGUGGUACUUGCAUCGAGGAAACUGAUCAGCUUUCGAUUCUAGGUAUGUCCAUUACAAACCACCUUUUGUGGAAUGAGCACAUAUUCGAUGUAGCCAAAAACUCUGCGAAAUGCUUAGGUUUCCUCCGAAGAUGUAAGAAAUAUUUCACCCCUUCUGAUCUAGCUAUAAUUUAUAAAGCAUAUAUUCGUCCAAAGCUCGAGUAUAAUUCCCAUAUCUGGGCAGGUGCUCCUAAGACCCACUUGAGUUAUUUGGAUAGAAUUCAAAAUAGAGCUUUUAAAAUGAAAGGUGAUAGGUCCAUUACUGAUACAAUACCACCUCUUGAGCACCGCCGGAAUGUAUCAUGCCUGUCCUUAUUUUAUAGGUACUUUUUUAAAAAAUGUUCAAAUGAAAUAGCUAGCUGCAUUCCUCCCCUUAAACAAUUCAACCGUAAUACUCGUACUUCAAGGAAUGCCCAUCAGUUUACACUUGAGCCCAAUUUCGGACGUACCGUCAAAUACAGAGAUUCUUUCUUUAGUCGCACUACUAGAAUGUGGAAUGCAUUACCCGCCUCAGUUUUUUCCUCCCAUUUUAAUGUUCAGAACUUUAAAACCAAUGUGCAUCGGUAUCUCCUUUUACAUCCCUUCCUCUUUUCCUAAAGCUCGUACUGUGUAUACAUACAUAUUAAGAGUACCCAAAACCCCUUUAGUGCGCGCUCAUUAUAAAAAAAAAAAAAUAUAAAAAAGCUUAAAAACAAAAGAAACAAGGCUUGGAUAAAAUUCAAUCUAUCACAAACUGAUAAAAACCGUAAUAGUUACAUUCAUUUAAGGGAUGGAUUUAUAAGCUACUCUAACUUUCUCUAUACGAGCUUUAUAUCUAAAACAGAAAAUGAACUUAAUUAAAUCUAAUCCACGUAACUUCUGGAAUUAUGUUAAUUGUAAAAGAAAAUCUGACGGUUACCCAGCACAUAUGACUUAUAAUAAUUCUACUAGCCAUUCCCCAGAGGUUAUAUCCAACAUGUUCGCCGAAUUCUUCCAGGGUGCUUUUGAAUAUGACUUUACAAAUGACUCAAAUAUAACUUAUUCAAUUGAUAAAAUUUCACAUCUUAACUCGAUUAAUUUUGCAAUUUCAGAAGCAACUAUUCUUGAUUAUAUCGAAAAGUUAGACGAGUGUUUCAGUCCCAGCCCUGAUGGCUUGCCAUCUUUUAUUUUGAAAAAAAUGUGCAAUAUACAUAUGUGUCUUACCCGUUGUUUGUGCUUUUCAAUACGUCAAUUAGUAAUUCUACGUUUCCCGCUAUAUGGAAAAAUGCAUUUCUUACUCCCAUUCAUAAGAAAGGUCCAAAAAAAUUAGUGACAAACUACCUAAAGCUUGGCAAUAUACCCUAUUGCCAAGCUUUCUGUCAUCCCUAAACUGUUCGAACCCAUUGUCUGUGAUAUUCUGUCAUUUCAUUGUACCUCUGUUAUAUGUGAAAACCAACAUGGCUUUGUCAAAAAGAAAUCUACGGUCACAAAUUUACUACAGUUUACAACGUUCUGCUUAGAUGCUUUUGAAAAGUACAAGCAAGUAGAUUGUGUUUUUACUGAUUUCAGUAAAGCAUUCGACAAACUUGAUCAUGAAAUAUUACUUAAGAAACUAAGCAACAUUGGACUUAACGAUCGCUUUAUUUUAUGGAUUUCCUCGUAUCUCAAAAAUAGAUUAUAUAGUGUUGUAUUUAGAAACGAAUGUUCCCAAUGGUUUAAAGUUAAUUCUGGUGUACCUCAAGGUAGUCACCUUGGUCCUUUAUUGUUUGUCUUAUUUGUUAAUGAUCUUCCUUCUAUUUUAAGUAGCUCUAUGUCUUUAAUUUAUGCCGAUGAUGACGUGAAAAUAUUUCGAAAAAUUGACUCAGUAACUUACUGUCAACUUUUACAAGGAAAUCUUCAAAAAUUCUGGGAAUGGUGCAAUACUAAUCGUCUGUCUUUAAAUAUUGACAAGUGUAAAAUAAUGCGUUUUACACGCAAACACAAUGUCCUGUCAUAUACUUAUUUGUUGAACACGUCUCAAUUAUGUAGUCUUUCAAGUUUCUCUGACCUCGGUGUGGUGUUGGAUUCAAAACAUUCAUUCACUAACCAUUACAAUUGAAUCAUUUAUUUGCAAAACAUGAUAAGUCCAUGAUUUUAAAUUUUUCAGGAGAAGAAAAAAACGUUCUAUUUUCUUUUGAUAUGCGUAGAAAAAUUUAUAAAAAAUAUAUUCUGUAGAACUCUUGCCUAGCUACAAAAUACCGUUUCGUUUUUAAUUUUUGGAGCGAUAGCUCAAAAGAUAAAAACGCUUUUGGACUUAUCAUACUUUGAAAAUAAACGGAUGUGAAAUUAGUUUUUAAAUGGAUACCUAUGCAAUUUUGCUUUUAGCCCCAGUCUAUCAAACAAUUGUAUUUGAGAAUAAAAUACAAUGUCCGGACUGCUUAUUUAACUUUAAAAUAGCUUUAAACUUAAGAUUUUCAGCCAUUAAUCUAAUAUACCAUUUACACAAAAAGAAGCUGUUGUUUAUUUUCAAAAGAUGAUAAGUCCGGGACUUAUUCUGUUUUUGAUACUAAAAAAAUAUUUCGCGUAGCUCUAAAAUCGGAUAUAGAUGGAGUAGAUACUUCAUAUUUUAAAAACAGACGUGGUUAUCCCUGGAGUACAAAUUUAGUCAAAAAAACGAAUUUUGAAAAAAAGUGGACUUAUCAUGUUUUGCAAAUAAAUGAUUCAAUUAUAUUAUAAAAAAAGCUAAUAAGAUGCUUGGUUUCAUUAAAAGAUUUGCUCUUGACUUUCGUGAUCCUUAUGUGCUUAAAAUUCUCUAUGUUUCAUUUGUUAGGUCUAUUCUGGAAUACGGUUGUAUUGUAUGGGCCCCAUAUUACGCGGUUCAUGUCAACAGAAAAGAAUGUGUUCAAAGAAGAUUUAUGAGAUUUUGUUUACGUUUUCUUCCCUGGUCUAGUAUGAUUGAUUUGCCACCAUAUUCACAUAGACUUCAACUAAUAAAUCUUCCAUCUCUUGCAAUUCUGUUUUAUGGUGGGAAUUGUUAGCGGAACUGUUACGGCUCCAUCGGUUCUGUGUAGAUUGAGUUUUAGUGUUAGUCGUUGCAGCUUAAGAAGGCAAUUGCCUUUUUGUAAUAUCUUUAGUAGAUCUAACUAUGGGGCCAAUAGUCCUCUCAAUAUUUUGAUAAAUAUCUUCAAUAAAAACUAUUUCUUAAUUCAAUCAAUUAAUGUUAACGUAAAAUCACAAAAUUUUAAGAAUAUGUUCUUCAUACAUUACAAUUAAAUUUAUAAAAUAGAUUUAAGUAUUUAUAAGUAUAUUUAAUGUACAUAAUGUCAUAAUAGCUCUGUUCACUGACGCUGUGCUUGACUGUUCUAGACAGAAAAGUACAGCUUUUUGCUGUUCAUUGAGGUUUUUUCUGUGCUGAACUGUUCUACUUUCCUGUUCAUUGACAAAACUAGUACAGUUUAGAACAGGAUUUUCUGUUCUUGCUUUUGAGUCAGAUCAGAUUAGAACAGACUCGUGAGAAAUGUCAAAAUCGAAGUUGUCAUUUUUUUUUGUUUACGUUUUGAUUUGGCUGUGCUUUGUGUUUUUUUUUCUCGUGAUUUAACAAAAUUAAAAUAAAGUUAUUUUUCCAAUUUGCUUAAUUUGUUUAAUUAAAUAAUUAUACAAUAAAUUGAAAAAAAAAACAAAAAAAUGCAUCAAAUCAAAUUGACAUCCGAGGAAGGAAAGUCUGUGGUUGUGCAGUGCUCCCCAAAUACGCUGCUGACUAUGGAAAGAGAUGAAAAAUUUCGAAGCCAGGUGUUUCAAAACUCAUUAACAAGCGAGCAAGAUUUCGUGCCCAUCCCGCCAGUCGUUCCCCAAGACAAUGAUGUUAGAGAGCAGUCAAUAUCUGUGCAUGCUUCAGAGGAGCGACAGAUCCAGAAGGCCGUUUGGCUGGAUGGAGACUGUCUGCUCCUCAUUUCACUAUACAAGGAAUUAUACCCUAAACUUGGCAAAAAUGUUGCCCUAAAAACAAAAAGGAAGCUUUGGGAACAAAUUGCCGAGAAAAUGAACGAGCAGGCAACAACUAACUUCAGCUCUUGCCAAGUGGAAGGGAAGUGGAAGAGUUUGGAGAGAGCCUUUAAAAAUAAAAUGGUACACAACAAAAAAACUGGGAAUGAUCGAGCGACAUGUCCAUAUGAAAAAGAAUUAGCAGAUGUGUUGCUGAACCGCCCAUCGAUCGCUCCAGCAUAUUUGUUGGGGAGCACCAUCGACAGUGGGGUUUCAAGAACAGAAAUCCUUCAACAAUCAGGAAUUAAUCCAGAUCCUCCAACACCCGUCCAAGUCGAUGAAUCGAAUGAUCCUGUACCUGACCCAGAUGAAACCCAAGUAGAAGCAGAUUUCACUGGGUACACCGAAGACGGCCCACCACCGAAAAAAUUUAAAAGGGCGGAAACGAUUGCUGGUGAGCUGUCAAAGUGGAGGCAGCAAUUUAUGGAAGAUAGCCAACAAAGGAAGGAGUACAGGAAAGAAAAAUUAAGAGCCUAUAAAGAAAGAACGGAGGAGCUAAAAAAAAGUCGGGAGAAAACAGAAAAGUUUCUCGAAAAGCUGUCCGAAUCAAAUAAAAACUUAAGACUGUUAAAUAUGGAAUAAGUAAUAAUUACUAAAGACUGUUCUUUUUUAUUAUUGUAAUGUUUAUUAUAUGUUAUAUUUAUUAUUGUUUUUAAUGUAAACUGUUUUUAUAAUUGUAAUG